AUGCGGACUCCCUGCAUCUCUCUCUUCCUGCCCUCCCAGGAGCAGCACCCAGUCGGGCUUCCCAGGACCACAGGCCCCCUGCAGUCCUCGGUGCCCCCAGGCUCGGGCGGCAUGGUCUCCGGAGCCAGUUCCGCGGGUCCUGGCUUCCUGGGCAGCCAGCCGCAGGCAGCCAUCAUGAAGCAGAUGCUCAUCGAUCAGCGGGCCCAGCUGAUGGAGCAGCAGAAGCAGCAAUUCCUGCGGGAGCAAAGGCAGCAACAGCAGCAACAGCAGAUUCUGGCCGAGCAGCAGCUGCAGCAGUCACACUUACCUCGGCAGCACCUCCAACAACAGCGGAACCCGUACCCAGUGCAGCAAAUCAAUCAGUUUCAAGGUUCUCCCCAGGACUUAGCAGCCGUGAGAAGCCAAGCAGCCCUCCAGAGCAUGCGGACAACACGGUUGAUGGCACAGAACGCAGGCAUGAUGGGAAUGGGACCCUCCCAGAACCCGGGGACAAUGGCCGCAGCAGCAGCCCAGUCAGAGAUGGGACUGGCCCCUUAUAGCACCACGCCUACCAGCCAACCGGGAAUGUACAAUAUGAGCACAGGAAUGACCCAAAUGUUGCAGCACCCAAACCAAAGUGGCAUGAGCAUCACACAUAACCAAGCCCAGGGGCCGAGGCAGCCUGCCUCUGGGCAAGGGGUUGGAAUGGUGAGUGGUUUUAGUCAGAGCAUGCUGGUGAACUCGGGCAUUACCCAGCAGCACCAGCAGAUAAAAGGGCCUGUAGGCCAAGCCUUGACAAGGCCCCAAGCCCCUCCAAGGCUUCAGAGCAUUAUGGGAACGGUCCAGCAAGGAGCACAGAGCUGGCCACAGAGGAGCUUACAGGCGAUGCCUGGGAGGACUAGUGGAGAAUUGGGACCAUUCAACAAUGGCUCCGGCUACCCACUUCAAGCUGGGCAGCCAAGACUGACCAAGCAACACUUCCCACAGGGACUGAGCCAGUCGGUUGUGGACACCAACACUGGCGCAGUGAGAACCCUCAACCCAGCUGCCAUGGGUCGGCAGAUGAUGCCGUCGCUCCCGGGGCAGCAAGGCACCGGCCAGGCCAGGCCAAUGGUCAUGUCUGGCCUAAGCCAGGGUGUCCCUGGCAUGCCGGGGUUCAGCCAGCCCCCAGCCCAGCAGCCGAUGCCCGGUGGCAGCUUCGCUCCAAGCAGCCAGAGCCAAGCCUAUGACCGGAACCCCCCUCAGGACAUGUCGUACAAUUACAGUGGCGAAGGAGCCGGGGCUUCCUUCCCUGGCCUGCCGGACAGUGCAGACCUUGUGGACUCCAUCAUCAAGGGUGGGCCAGGGGAUGAGUGGAUGCAGGAGCUUGAUGAAUUGUUUGGAAACCCCUAGUCGGGGGGGAGGCGGGGGUCAGGAGCCACAGCUCUAGUGGUUAAAGUUUUGAAAAGUGAAAAAGAAACAGGAUGUUGACCCAUCCUUGUUUUUUGUUUUUUUAACCCACGUAAACUGAGCAAAACUGCAAGUGGCUGACAGGGGAAGAUCCAGGUGGCAAUUUACAGCCCCAGAGGGCCGGAUUUUCACACUGCAGUCAAGACACCAUGCAGAUCUCAGCUGCUAGAGAGGGAGGCGCACCAGGGGGCAGGUGGGGAGACUGAGCCCAGCCCCCCUGCUCAGCCCUCACUGGGAUCACCCGGCCCAGCAAUUGCUGCUCAAGCCAAGAGGGACUGUCGUCCAAGGUGAGGCAUCCAUCAGCCCCUCCUGCCCCAGGCCCGGAGGCUGCAGCUUUGGAGACACAAAAAAGACAGAGCCUCGAGCCAGAGAAGUACCCACAGAAGCUUCUGGGUGAUUGCACAGGCCAAGUGCACAGAUCAGAAAUACGCUGGACUUGGUGGAAAGAGAUGUAAGGCUUCUGGACAGGCUACUGUAUCUGGAAAGUAGGCAAGAACAGUGCUAUCAUCACAGGGAGAGGACAAAGAAUUCUGUCAGCCUUUCUGGCUCCGGCCCCAGGAUGACCCUCAGGAAUGUUAGAGGCAUUGCUGCCAGCUGCCUCAUGAAGAUAGCCAGCUGAGCUUGAGGGAGUGUCCAUCCACAGUCCUGAUGGGGCAGCCCUAUGAUGGUGACAAGUUGUGGCCAUCACUCCGGGUAGAUGGGCUGGAGCCUCCUCAGGUCUGGUACAAUAACACCGACACGCCUAGGCCGUUGGCGCCUUCUGGCAGCCGCAGGGUGGAGAGCACUGUUGGACUCCGUGUCGGGGCCACCCAGCACCUCUCUCCCCACCCCUGCCCUUGUUCCCCCUUACAGACUAUCCAAGAAGAAAUGGAGCUUUUGUCUUUAGGGAGCCUGGACUGAGUCCAAAUAAAUGAAAGAAGAAUUUAGACAAUGCCUGAACCGCAAAGGAGACACUGGAGUUUUCUUUCUCUAAAAUGCGUAGAGUUGAGUGAAUAUUCUCUGCCUGGAACUGAGAGGGCUGCUCUGAGGUCUGGGGGUGGGUGUAGGGAGCCACAUCGGAUGCUUCACAUACACCUAGAGAGGAAUGGCCUGGCAGUCGGCCAGUCUCACUCCCUUUGGGAAAAUCCCAGGGUGAGUCUCUGAAAUCGGCCUUUUGUUUAUCAUAAUCUCUACUCACCUAAAAGACAGGAGUGAAAAAAAUCCAUUGCUACACCUUGCAAAUUUGGAUUAUAAAAGGGAAGGAUACGGUUCCUGUCAUUUGGACAAAGUAACCCACUUCCAAGUUCUUUACAGUUCUCUGUAAUUCACUCAAAUCGGCCCUAGGUGAAGUCUGUCAGGAGUCGUCCACAGUGCCCCCUACCGUAGACUUGUUUCUUCAGUUCCUUCCUCCCCUCCCGCUGCCCCAUUUUGGAGGCCACGUGGUGUAAUUAUUUUCAUAAGUGAGUGUGACGUGUCCUUUACCCUGUCACCCUCCCUCGGUGUCCCAAAUGCUUGUUCCCUUCUGUGCACUCCCAGGCCACCCACCACGCCACAGCCAGAGCCCCUGGCCUGGACUGGCUUGUCCCGGGGGAAACUGCAAAGAAGGCAAGAUUGAAGGCCGGGGCAGAGGGGCCGUAGAGAGGAGGCAGGCGGGCCGACCUUGCCCUUGACUUGCUGUCUGUAUACCCGGGUUCAGACAUCUGCUCAGUAACGGGCAGGAUGCAAGGCCAGAGGUGCGGGCUGGCGAGAGCCCGGGCAGGGUGACCGUGAACUCCCUGAGUGGUGAGGAACGCCACUUGGGAAACUGAGUGGAAACAGAUGAAAACCAAAAAAAAGUGAAAAUUUUAAACGUAAACAAGAGGACACAGAAUACAUAAUUACCUUUUUCAGAAAGAUACGGGAAAUAAAUAUCUAAGCAACGAUGAGAAACAGGAGAUGGCUGAAGGAGAAAGGGAGGCUCCCAUGACCUUGAAAAGCUUCCUCCAAAUGCUCAGUCCUGGGACCAACUAAUAGAGACGUAGAUUUUCCUAAGGUGGUUUUGUUUCGUUUUGGUUUUUACUACGGUGCUGAUGUAUAUGUAAUGUCUAAAAAAAAGGUUAUUUGUAAAUAAGUUUUUACAAUACUGCAGAUAUCACUGGGUCUACUAUCUGUAAAAAAAUAUAUACAUAUAAAUAUAUAUAUACUGUUUGUUUAAAAGAGUAUUUUUAUUUCAUUCCUUAACUCAUCAUCACAGCAGUGGUAUUGCACUUCAGAUGACAUCUAAUUACUAAUUUGUACUGUAUGAGCUGAUGCCAACUUGCUCCAUUUUAUUCAGAUUUUUCUAGUUUUCUGUUUUUACUUUGUACAUUGAGCAUUGCUUAUUUCCUUUUAAGAGAUGUACAGAACUCUGAAAUGUAGAAAUGAAGUGAUGUUGACAUACCACUUUUAAAGAAAAGAAAAAAGCAAAUAAAAGAUCAUUAUCUGAAUCAAUCCAAAGUAUAGGAUCGUCACUGGAUCUACAACCUUUAAUUAAGCAGAUAUGGUAUUCCUGGGUUUUAGCUGAGGAACUGUGUUUUUUCCCUCAAGAUUUUGAUAUCAUUAUUAAAACAUUUAUUUAACAGUAGGCAUCAAUCAUUCCCAGCCUUUUUAAUUCAUCGGCACAACUAAAACUCUCUAAAUUGGCCACAGUGCUCUGAGAGAUGUGGCAAAAGGAAAGGAGGAAAAUCAAGUUUGAAAAACCAAAAAACCAAACCGUUGCUGUCGAGCUGAUUCCAACUCAUGAUGACCUCAUGUGCUACAGAGUAGAACUG